UUCAGCGUAGAGAGGUAUUUCUAGGGCCAUUUAAUGACAGUAUAGUACUGGAAAAUGUGUUGUGUAGAGAAAAGAGUACAUUUUAGAUAAAUUGCAGAUAUAGUUUCUUAUUUCCCGGCGCCCUGUUGUAAUGCUGUUUGACCCAAAUUAACCUUUAGUGUUAAAGAAUGGAGUGGAAAUUAGAACGAGUUUCUUCCCGUAAAACCAAGACAGGAGAGGAGACACAAUGGGAGAAAGUAAUGAAGAAAUUUGCCAAUGAAACAAAGUGGAGUUCACAACAAUACGUGCACCGGCUGUUUGAGGUGGCUGAGAGAGGAAAGCAGAUGGCUUCUCAAUACAAAUCCAGAGCCACUGGGAAGAGGAUGAAUUGGGAGCUGCCGAGUCCCAUUGCCAGUAGCAGCCCAAUUGUUACACAGUGGCAACACCUGUGGAGAAGAGAAUGCAGAAGUACAGACACAUUAACUGGAGCUCCAUUAGUGACUGUAAUAGAAGCAGGAGAGAAAACCUGGACUGAUACGACACUAACAGUCGAGACGAAAGAAUUGGGAAGAACAGAGACAACACCAAGAAAUGAACAUUGGGCUGGAGAGGAAGUGGGUGACAAUGAAGCAGGUAGAAGAAGAGACUUUGUUAGUGGCGGAGAGUGGAACUCAAAAAGGGGCAGAGAAUGAAACUGGAUCCGUGACCUUUGUUGGGAAUGUGGUAAGGACAAUAACUGGGUCGGGAACCAAUAGUGCACCUAGGACGGAAGCUGCAACACAUACAGAGACAGGUACUAGACGUUUAGCCAUCCCUACAUCUAGUAAUAUGGACAUUCAGCCAACUGGUCCAAGGUAUUCUAAGUCUCCAGAGACUGCAAACAGGAAGAGGCCAUCUGCUAAAGCUUUCAGUGAUUACUGCUUCCCUAACCAUAAGCAAUCACAUCGAAACACUGCUCACUUUUUAAACAUUCUGAAAGAAAGAUAUCUUGUAACAAAACAGAAAUCCCCGAGAGAAAUUCCUUCCAGCCUGAGCAAAACCAGAAUUGUGACUAUCAAUGGAAAAUACAGUCAGACCUGCAAAGCUCGCAGGAACAAUCUCGGUGAUGUUUCUCUGCAUGUGAAACAGGCUGGCACAAUAAAGGAAAGGUGCAUAUCUUUAAUCCCCAUGAAAGUCUUAGAUGCUCCAGGAUUGAAGGAUGAUUAUUAUCUUAAUUUGGUCGAUUGGAAUGCUGCAAAUUUUGUAGCCAUUGGCCUUUCCAAUGUAGUUUACCUUUGGCACCCAGAGAAAGGGACACAGGAGGCCAUAACUGUGGAAUCUGAAUACAUUUCUUCACUGGCCUGGAUUAAGGACAGAAACAACCUCGCAAUUGGAACUAGUGCUGCCCAGUUGCAGCUUUGGGAUGUUGAGACUAAGAAGAAAUUGAGAAAUAUGCAAAGUCAUUGCUCAAUGGUCGGAGCUCUGAGUUGGAAUGACUAUAUUCUUACCAGUGGCUCUCGGUUUGGAUCUAUUCACCACCAUGAUGUAAGAAUGGCACAACAUCAUGUUGGCACACUCAUCGGUCAUGAUUCACAAGUAUGCAGCCUCAAAUGGUCACCAGAUAGUGCCUUCCUUGCCAGUGGUGGAAAUGAUGGUCUACUGAAUAUUUGGCGUAAUGAUCCUGGGGGCAAUGUCAAUAGUAAACCAGACAUGACUAUUAAUAAUCUGGAAUCAGCUGUGAAGGCCAUGAACUGGUGCCCAUGGCAAUCUCGAAUUCUUGCCGUUGGGGGAGGAAUGAAAGAUGGACGUUUGCGUAUAUGGGACACAAAAAGUGGGAGCUGCAUUCAAGACGUAGAUACAAGAUCACAAAUUUGUUCAUUGCUGUGGUUACCAAAGUUCAAAGAACUAGUAACUGGCCAUGGUUUUCCAAAACAUCAGGUCUCCGUUUGGAAUUAUCCAACUCUUAUCAAGUCAGCUGAUCUAAUAGGUCACAGAGGGAGAGUUUUGCACUUGGCAUUGAGUUCUGAUGGCAAUGUUGUGUUUUCAGCAGCAGCCGAUGAAACUGUAUGUUUGUGGAAUUGCAUGACCACCAGUGACCAAACAAAGGAGAGCUCUAGGGAAGGAACGCGGACUUUAUAAUGCAAGCUAUCUGUCUUGGGGAUUCACAAUAUUAACUGUUGUAGGUUAAGCAGCUGGCAAAUAAAACCCCAGUUUUAAGAUACCAGGAAAGAUAUUAUUGUAAAAAAAUAUAGUUAAAAUGGUAUUUAUGAAACCUGCCAUCCUUCUCAUAAGGAUUUAUGGAAGACAAUCUUCUGAGGUAGAACGGGGCACUGAUUAAGGAUGAUCAGCCAUGAUCACAUGGAAUGGCGGUGCUGGCUCGAAGGGCCAAAUGGCCUACUCCUGCACCUAUUGUCUAUUUAUUUCCACCACAAUAUUACGUAUUUGAUUGGAAUUAAAUUUUGCAUCAUGGCUUACAAAGUAUAAGCUCAUACCUAAAAGAAACAGCUGCAGAUUAUGUUUAUACACUGUAGUGCCUUUAAUACAGUAAGGCACUUCACAAGAGCAUUAGUAAACAACACUUGGCCUUGUGCAACAUAAGGAAUAUUGAAGGAGAUAACCAAAACAUUACCCAUAGGUGACCCCUUUGCAAUUGAUAUGAUCAAAAACUUCAUCUCAUGCUUCUCCUUUAUAUCUAGUUUGGUGGGAUGACCUUUCUUAGAUUGACUAUCAACUAUGCCAUUGGAAUUAGAGAACAAACUGAGAAUCCAACCAAGACUUCUCUCCCUCCAUUUUCUCUCCCCCCAUUCCAAUACUAUAACCUUGACAGGAUCCUGUAAAGACCUGUUAUUCUGUCUCGAGUUGAUUCUCUCCUUGGAAAAAAGAUCAAAAGAAUUGGUGUUCAAGAAGGAACUGCAGAUGCUGGAAGAUCGAAGGUACACAAAAAUGGUGGAGAAACUCAGCGGGUGCAGCAGCAUCUAUGGAGCGAAGGAAAUAGGCGACGUUUCGGGCCGAAACCCUUCUUCAGACUCUCCUUCCAAAGAAUUGGGUCAGCUUUCACACAUUCUUUGCCAGAAUGCAGAUCUACCACACCCACACCCACACCCAACCCCACUCCCUC